GCGCAGAGAGAAGGAACAUGUCCGCCGUGCAGCAGCUGCGGGUGUCGGUACAUGAGCGGAUCAGCGCUGCCGCUGAAGACUUUCUGCUGCAGGUGGAGAAAGGAGGAGGAAAGGCUCAAGUCCCGGCGAUGAGAGCGCUGCUCACUGAGCGGCUCACGGCUGCAGGGGAGGAGAUCCUAGCGGGGCUUGAGGAAACCUUGGCAGAGUACGAAGACAGAGUGGAGCAGUCCGAGCGGGUGAUCCGCCGCCAGAGGAGGCUGCUCGAUGCCGUGAUGCAGCCCGAAGUCCGGCUGCACAGAGCAGUGUGUCAUGCAGACGUCCAGCAACUGAUGGUGAAUAACGAAGAGGUUCCCCCUGAGCAGCAGCGGUGGAGCCCCCUUGUGGACCAGGAGGACCCAGAGCCCCCCCACAUUAAAGAGGAACACGAGGAACCGUGGACCAAUCAGGAUGAACAGCAGCUUCAAGGACUGGAGGAGGCUGAUAUCAAGUUCACAUUGACUCCUGUCGCUGUGAAGAGUGAAGAAGAUAAAGAGAAACGUGAAUUGUCAAAGCUUCAUCCAAGUGAGACAAAGGAGAACAGAGCGGACUGGGGAACACCAGAACCAGCCAGGAAUUCAGGUUUCGGUGGACGUUUACAACCAGGUCCUGAGAACAAGACUGAAUUCUCAUCUGAGACUGAAGACAAUGAGGAUGAUUGGACGGAGACCCUAACUUCCCCGCGCCCUGUUUUCCUCUUGUGUCCUGCAUACAUCCAGCAAAUGAUGGUGAAUAACGAAGAGGUUCUCCCUGAGCAUCAGCAGUGGAGCCCCCUUGUGGACCAGGAGGACCCAGAGCCCCCCCACAUUAAAGAGGAACAGGAGGAACCGUGGACCAAUCAGGAUGGACAGCAGCUUCAAGGACUGGAGGAGGCUGAUAUCAAGUUCACAUUGACUCCUGUCGCUGUGAAUAUUGAAGAAGAUGAAGAGAAACUUAAAUCGUCAAAGCUUCAUCCGAGUGAGACGAAGGAGAACAGAGCGGACUGUGGAGGACCAGAACUAGCCAGGAACUCAGGUCCUGAUAGACGUUUACCACCAGGUCCUGAGGACAAGACUGAAGUUUCUUCUGAGACUGAAGGCUGUGUGGAUGAUUGGAUGGAAGCCAGGGAACCUCAGACAGGUUUAAAUACAAGAAAUAACAAACAGCCUCUAAGUGAUAUGGGAGGUAAGAAUCUAAAUACACAUAUGACGCAUCAUAAAGGUGAGAAAGCGUUUAGUUGCACUGAGUGUUGUAAAAGUUUCAUCCAAUGGGGACUUCUAAAUAAACAUAUGAGGAUUCAUACAGGAGAGAAACCGUUUAGUUGUUCUGAGUGUGGUAAAAUAUUUCACCUCAAGGGCAAUCUAACUAGACACAUGAGGAAUCAUACAGGAGAUAAACCAUUUAGUUGCUCUGAGUGUGGUAAAAGAUUUACCCAAAGGAGCAGUUUAAAUGUACAUAUGAGGAGUCAUACAGAAGUGAAACGGAUUAGUUGCUCUGAGUGUGGGGAAAUAUUUAAAGAAAGGGAGCACCUGGAUACACAUAUGAGUACUCAUACAGGAGAGAGACCGUUUAGUUGCUCUGAGUGUGGUAAAAGAUUUAAAAAAAGGGGCCAUCUAAAUACACAUAUGAGUACUCAUACUGGAGAAAAACCGUUUAGUUGCUCUGAGUGUGGUAAAAGAUUUAAACAAAGGGGCACUCUCAAUGGACAUAUGAGUACUCAUACUGUAGAGAAACCAUUUAGUUGCUCUGAUUGUUGUAAAAGAUUUAAACAAAGGGGAACUCUAACAAAACAUUUGAGGAGUCAUGCAAGAGAGAAACCCUUUAGUUGAUCUGACUGUGGUAAAAGAUUUAAGAUUCAGUCCUAUUGUACUUAAUUAAUUCAUAAAGGAGAGAACUGAGUCAGUUGCAACCUUUGCAACAAAAAAUGUAUUAGGAUUUAUCAGCAGAUAUUCAUAUUAUACAUAUUCAUAGGUCCCUGCUUUAAAUAGACUAUUAAUUGUUUUUAUGUCCCAAGAAAAUAUAACUAAUUGAAUAACACAAAUGAUUUGUGUUUAUAUAUCUUGUUUUACUGAUUUCUACAUAAUUUGUCUAUUUUUCAUAAUGCUCAAGUCAUUUUAAGGUUAAAGUGUGUUCCUUGCACAGUAUGAAUGGGUGUUCUUAACUAGUUCAUAUGAUUAAAUAUGUUUGUUUUAAAACAAUGGUUUCUUGGUUCGUGAUAUUCAGUGACAGUGUGAGUUCUCCUUUAUGUAUUGAAUUUGUUUCCAAGAAUAAAAGUCUAAUAAAAAGAUAAUGGCGUCCUCGCCCUCCUCCUCUUUGUAUCUGUACGCACAGAGGCUGCACUGGCUAUAGUUGAAUCGUCUCAUCACGAGACAAAUUAAUCAGCUUCUCACAGUCGGACACGUUUGUUUACGUUUGACGUGAAGUCAGAACUGGGCAAUUUCAGGUCAGAAUAUCUGACAUACUAGAUGUCUGGUCAUGAUAGUUGGGUCAAUGUGAACGCGUUCCAUGGUCUCGUUUUAUUUGUUUUUUAGUUCACAAAAGUUUGAAAUAAGUAUUUACUUGGUGCCGCCUAGUGUGUUUUGUUAGGCACAGCUUCAAGAAGAGUAAAGCUCAGCACAGUGUUCCUUUUCCAGCGCCUUUGUUGAUGAAACAAUUUGUUCUCUUCAUUUGUAGUUGCAACACUAGGAGAAUUUUUUGGGAUUAAUAAAAAAACGUAAAUGCUUCUCUUAAUAAUGCCUCAGAGUCAACGGAGAGCCAAUGAGCUGUCUAUCUCCGCAGCCCCAUAGUGCUAAUUGCCCUUCUCCCUUAUCUUCGUUAAAGUGAGUAGUUAGUACAGUCCCCCUUUGUACAGUCUAGGACUAGUCCAAGUCUUUAUAAGCUCCCUGUGUCAUUUGUGAGCAGAUCAAUCUUGUUAUGUUGGGUUGAGUUAAACUUUUCUAGUUUGUUAUGUUAUAUAAUUUAUUUUCUUUUGUAACCUGCAAGCAAUUUUUGAACACUUCCGAUAUUAAAGGAGAAAAUUUCCUAUUUUAGACCUUGUCCUUGUCCUUUUUGAAUGGUCCCUAACAACAUG